GCAUCGACAACACGAUAUAAUUACACUGUCCAGUCCCUAAAUCUGACGUAGCAACAAUCUCGAAAGAAAACAUUACCAGCAAAGAAUCCGGCGCAUUUUUCAGCACGGACGCAACCGACGCGCGUGUUUUGUGUUUUCCAUCGAACUAACAAACAAGCAUUCCUUAUAGUUCAUAAUAGUGAUGUGUCUCUCACACGAUGUCGACUGAAGGGUCGGUUAGUACGUCGUCUGGGAUCAGGCAAUUCGGGUUAUACAGAACCAUCGAUGCGAGGACGGAGGAGUUCCUCAGGCUGUCGAGAAAACGGCAGAUAAGGCAGGGUUGCGCCUGCGCAGCGAUCUCUACUGCUAUCACUGUAACUGUUGUCAUUAUAGUUCUACUAAUCUACGAGUAUAUGAUUGUAGUAGAAACCAGUGAAGUACAAAAAAGGACAGGCUCCAAUAAAAUAAGAUUCAUUGGAAAAGAUAAUCCGAUUGCCGAAAGACUAGACAGGUCUCACUUUGGCUUUGAUCAAGAUUAUUAUGAGAGGAUGCCACUUCUUGUUAACGCAAUGCAAGAAGUAAGUUAUAUAGAUCCGAUAGGAGAAACAUCUAUCUCUCGAUCAAGGAAAAGACACUACAGCAGAAAUCGUUACAAACCUUCUACAACUACCGCUGAUAGUAGAUUUAUAAGAAGAACUAGUCCCAAACCUUUUACUUUUGAAUAUAGAAGUCCAUACCCCAUGCCCUUCUCAAAGACACAAGGCACGCCAAGGAGCUGGGUUGAACAGUAUCGCAAUGCACAAAGAUUAAAAAACCUUCAUGAUGUCGUGAAGUAUCUUGAAAAGACCUUGAAUGCGAAAUUUGGUGAUGUUUAUUUACCGACGAGAGCUCAGAUAGCUUUCUCGGGAAUCUAUGUACCACCAACUGAGAAUAAGAACAGAGACUCAUAUUUGCCUGUAAAUGACAAUAUACCACAAGAGUCACAACAUUAUAAUGUGAAAUCAAAUCACUAUUCAGAUCCAUUAUAUACAUUCAGACCUGAUAGUCCAGGUGAUAUCAAUUUACUAGCUGAUGGCUUUAGAUUUGCACCAUCGGCUUUUUCGUCUCAAAAUAAUCCAAAGAGUUAUGGCAUCAAGCAUGUGUUUAGUACAGUCACUGAAAGAAAAACGCUUCCGAAUUGUAGAAAUAUGGAUUGUUCAUCUGACCAUUUGAAUUUUGCCAAAAAAGCAGAGCUAGAAUCUUCUCAAGAAGACGACAUAAAGAAAUACGAUAAUGAAGCCAAGCUUGUUGAUAUAAAGGUUAACGUUUUUUCAUCUCCCAAUCCACCUACUGAAAACACUAUAAAUAGAAAUAUAGAUAAUAUUUACAUAACGUCGCCCAGGCCCAUAUUUCAGUUUAGAAGGAAGUCUACUGUGCCUUUUAGACGCUCUAUGCACACUUAUAACCACCCAAAUAUUUUUGUGGAGAAACGAAAAAAUAUUACUAUCACCUCUUUAAAAACAGGUGAAAAUAAAACAAUAAUAUUCAAAAGAUUGAUACCUCUAAGCGUUUUUACGGCGAACGAUAAGGUGGAAAAAAGUUCGCAACAACCUGAGAAAAUUGAAGACGAUCAAACUGAAGAAACCACAGUUAGGUCCACGAUACAGAAUUAUAUAAAACUGGAUCACAUGACAAAUUACCCGAGGUUAAACUAUUCAGACGUGGAAGAUUACCAUGUAGGCAGCUCAGGUGUAAUACCAGUUGAAUCUAGAACUAUCACACCAAUGUAUCCUAUCAACAUGCCUAUCGUGCCAAUCACAGAAGGUACAAUGUACAGAACCACCACUAAUCCACCUGAAAUCAUUAAGUUCAGCCCUGAAGAUGCUAAAGUACCGGAUCAUUAUCUACGAAAAUCUGAUAUUAGUGAUGUCACAGAGAAUCAAAAUAUACACAAUUGGGAUUAUUCCGAAAAUACUGAGAAGUACACUGAAGAUGUUGAAACAAAAACGCUUGUAAUUAAACUAAAAAAUACGAUUGAAACAACGACAAAAGAAAACGUUUCCGAAGAGAAAGAAAAUUCAGAAAUAGAUGAAACUGAUGACGACUUAGAAACUACAACAUCAGGUACUUAUGUCCCACAGAUAAACGGUCACCAUAGACAUAUUAACUACAAAAGUUUAACGACUCUCUUGAGAGAAAAUUCGGAGAGAUAUAGAAAAAAGAGAAUCGAGAAUUUAAUAACGACACGAACGAUACAAAAUAAUACGUACGUACCCAUGUACGUGGAAAUUAAGAGAAAUAGAAGUAAUUUUGAUUAUGAAGCAAAUUAAUUAAUUAAGGUUAAUUUUAAGUUUAAUAGAAUAUUGUGGUACGUAGAUAGAUAAAUAAUUAAAAUAAGUAUCUUUUGCAGUG